AUGGAAGUGAAAUUAUUUGAGUCUUUGUCCAAACAUUUAAAUUUCACUUAUCGUAUAAUCAAUUGCAACAGCGAUUGGGGAGUAUUUAUAUCAAAGAACAAGACGUGGACCGGACUUAUCGGACAAAUUGUCGCAAAACAAGCAGAUAUUGCCUUCUCUGGCCUCACAGUCACUGCCCAGCGCUCUGAAUACGUAUACUUCACUCAUCCACAUAUCAUAACCUCCGUCUCCUUCAUUACACCUCCGCCUAAAUCUUUGCCAAAAAUAACUUUAGUUAUCGAACCGUUUGAGGGCUUAGUUUGGGUCUGUAUUGUAAUGUCUAUAAUCCUAAUGGUGUUCACCGAAUACCUCAUCACUAAAAAGUGGACACAUCUCAAGAAGGUUGACAUCAAAUGGGCCAUAAUAUCAGCGCUUCUCAAACAGUGUCUGGCAUUUCGUUUACCAAAUAUUUUUUCGCUAAGAAUUAUGAUAUGCUUUUGGCUGUUGGCGUGUCUCGUGUUAACCGCCAGUUAUAGCGGUUGUCUCUACUCUCUGAUGGCAAUCCCCUCCAGAGCUAAACCAAUCAAUACAAUCAAUGAAUUAGCGGACGCACAACGACGUGGAGAAAUACAGGUCACAGCUAUCGGCGGCUCAUCUUAUUUCGACUCAUUAAAGAAUGCAAAGUUUGGAGUCUAUAAAGAAAUCGGAGAAUUGAUAAAACCGGUCGCAGACAAAGAGAAAGGGUUAGAUAUCGUGAGGAUAGCCACCAAACCUCACGCCUAUGUCUCGACCAGAGAUCACUUAUAUUACGGUUUAUUGAAAUUCGGGCCAAAAGUGUUUCAUUUACCGCCGCCGACACAGGAGUCCACUGUUUUUCUCGACGUUAUGGCGAUUGCAAUGCAAUGCGAGUUUCCACACAAACAAAUCUUUAAUAAAUUGAUUUCGGAUCUGAAAAAAGGAGGUUUUCUGGACUAUUGGCGCUUAACUGAGAACCGAAAGCUUGCGGUCAAUGGAGACCAGAAAGUGAAUGAUAUCGACGACAAGAGAGAGCACGAGAUACUAGUCGUGGAUCAGUUGCAAAGCGCUUUCUAUCUGAUGGCAAUGUCUUAUUGUCUGGCAUUCAUAGGCCUAUUAGUGGAGAUAAUCUUCCAGAAGAAGAUCACCAUAAGUGUGGAUGUCGUCGAUCGCUAUUAUUAUUAA